UUCGACAUCGUCACCGCAGGCAUUUUGAACCUUGUGGGCUACGGUACACACACGGAAGCGGUGCAGGACGGAGUGUAACUCGAUUCGGAGAAUCAAAACGACAAAGUGUUAAAAUAAUUAGAAAUCUAUAAAAACAGCGAUAGUUAUAAAUCUGUAAAAACAGCGAUAUCGCCUCCACUGCGGGGGCUGCGUUUGACUCGGAAGACUCUUGCACGACGAGUUUUCCUUGUGCAGAUCUGGGGUGAGCGAUUCCUUCCGCUUCGGAUCUCUCUCCUGGAUCAUACCGGGCCUGCCCGAUCCGAUCCGGAUCCGAUCCGGACCCGCUGUGUGUGAGACAGAGAGUCAGUGGGAAGCAGGGACUGCGAGGGGGGCGAACACGGCGACACAGGCGCUCCCUGCUACUGUGUUUGUGUGAGAGACACUGGGAUCCCUGGGAGUUCUGUUGUGUGUCAGUUUGAGUCUCAGACACUGUACCUGGAGACUGGUUCUGGGUGCCCCAGUGUGACGGAGCCCCUGGUUCUGGGUGCCCCAGUGUGACGGAGCCCCUGGUUCUGGGUGCCCCAGUGUGACGGAGCCCCUGGUUCUGGGUGCCCCAGUGUGACGGAGCCCCUGGUUCUGCUCUGAGUCCCACGAUGUCCCGCAAGCAGACAGCGAAGACGGGUCACCCUCACAGGAAGUUCUCUGCGGAGAGGAAGCGUGAUGAGCGGACGGUGCGCAGAGCGCUGGCGAAGGAGCGCAGGAACCGAGCCCAGGGGGGCGGUGCCGAGGACGAGGAGGAGGAGUUUGUCAGCUUCACCAAUCAGCUGCAGGCGCUCGGCCUCAAACUGAGAGAGGUGCCUGGAGACGGUAACUGCCUGUUCCGGGCCCUGGGGGACCAGCUGGAGGGUCAUUCCCGGAACCACCUGAAGCUCCGGCGCGAGACGGUGGAGUUCAUGAUCACACAGCGGCACGACUUCGAGCCCUUCGUGGAGGACGACGUGCCCUUCGAGAAACACGUGGCGAGCCUGGGGAAGUCCGGCACCUUUGCUGGGAACGACGCCAUCGUGGCUUUCGCCCGGAACCACGGGGUCACCGUGGUGAUCCACCAGGUCAAUGCGCCGCUGUGGCAGAUCCGGGGGUCGGAGAAGCCGAGUGGCCGUGAGCUGCACAUCGCUUAUCGCCAUGGCGAGCACUAUGACAGCGUGCGCAGGAUUGGAGACAACUCUGAGAGUCCCGCCCACCUGAGGACAGAGACUCUGAGUCGCGGAGGGGAGUCCCAGGUGGAUCGGAACCGGAACUGGUACCGGCCCGCGAGCCCGACUGGGGGGGACCCUGAGGGGGAGGUGUCGGAGUGGGGGGCCUGUACGGACACAGCGCUCAUCCUGCAGAGUCUGGAGGCUGCAAAUGAUACCAUUGAGACAGCAGUGAGCUCGCUGCUUCAGGACCCGGGAACACACAGGCACAGCCCUGACUCGGAGCUGUGGCAGGACUCCGGCUCGGGCGCGCGGAUCUUCGGGAGCCCUGCAGAGAACAACCGGACCGGCAGAGACCCCAUGGCAGUCUCAGAACAGAGUCAGAGGAGACCAGCGCUGUCAAGAACAGGAGUGUCCUCACAUGUACAGUGCAGUCUGACUUUCUGCUCUCGGCUCCAGGUCUCCAAUAAGCAGCGCAAGGAGCAGCAACGGCUGGAGAAGAAGAGUCGUCAGGAGGAGAAGCAUAGACAGAGAGCCCGGGAGAACCAGAACCAGAACCAGGAACAGGACCCAGACAGCGGGGUCCACCUGGUCAGGACAUUCUCCACACUCAACAUCUAGCUGAAUCCUCACCCCGACUGACAGCAGCCCGUGAUGACCUGCGCAGCCCGGGGGGGGGGUGGUUUACAGGAAUUGUGGGGGCUAUAGUUUCAUUAAGAGGUCUGUGUGUGACAGCCAUGCUUAAUAAAACUACAACUCCCAGGAUCCUCUGCUGCAAGGGGACAUUCACAGUGUUUUGUUUUGUGUUUUUUUUCAGAGGGGCUGGUUUGAUAUAGUUUUGUGUUUGAUCGGAGAGUCUCACUGGUGAAAUGAAUAUUAACAAUAGUAUUAACUGAACAGUAUUCAGUGCUGUGUGCGGCCGGCCCCAGACAGAUCUGCACACAGUAUUCAGUGCUGACUCAAUGGGGUCUGAAGACAGGACUGUGAUUGCUGGUGUUUCCAGGAGGUGCCUCGGGAGAGGGCCAUUUGAAUACUGUGUGCGUGUGUGUUGGUGCGUGUGUCAUGCGUGUGUGUGUAUGUUGGUGCGUGUGAGGGUGUGUGUGGUAAUGCUGUAAAUAAAUUUGGAGAUCUCUUUCUAACUCG